UUUCAGUCCAUCAGUGAAGUAGAACUUGAGGAUGUAAUUGAAAAUGUCAUCGAUGCCGUUGAAAAACAGCCAUUGUCAUCCAACAUGAUUGAACGGCCCACGGUGGAAGCAGCGGUGCAGGAAUGCAGCCGGGCGCCCGAUGAAGCCACGUAUGGUGACACUGGGCUGUUUGAUUUGGGGUUCCUGGGGGUGCAUUUCCUUCUUUCUCCUCGGGAGAGAAAUGGCAGGCAUUUUCUGAGGUGCUCUGUGCUUUUGUCUCACCCCCCACCCCCCUCGUGCUGCCUUUUUGCAGGUUUGUAACGUUGCUCCCCAGAGAGUUUGUUCUCGUGGAUUGGCCUCUGGAGGGGGGUUCUAAAUAUAAUCUGACAUUCUGGAAUUCAAAUGCUGUGGUUGUGUGUUCUGUGUGCUACAGGUUGAAUAUUAACCCACACGUCUGUUCGUGUUCUUUAUUUGCUUUUCUCUAGAUGGAAAUUAUCCCGGGUUAUUUUGGGGCCUUUCUUGCCUGAGAGCACUUUGAAAAGUUUUCUGAUUUUCCCCCUCUGAUAACAAGCUGUGCAGCAAUUACUGCAGUUCCUGAGAACUUUGUGGUGGUGAUGAAUGUGUUUCCUUUAGUGUUUAUGUUGUAUUGACAUUGCAAUGCAAAGCAUGAAAAGAACUGGUUUUGCUGGGCACGUCAGUUGGAUGCUGUCAUCCCACAGCCAUCCCAAGAUGGAGCAAAUUUGGGCUUAACUUUUCUCCUUCCUUGUUGUUGGAACCUUUAUGAUGCAGAUGGUUGGUUUGAGUGUGGCUUUUCUUUGUGGUUCUUUUUCAUACUUCAGAGAAAUCUGUGUGCGUGGAUUCUCAGUGUCCUGAAGGGAAAAGCUCUCCAGAUCACAGGCACAACUCUCUUCAAUUAUUUAGUUAGAAGAUGCAGUUGUAUCCAGUGGGUGCAGCACAAAAUAGAAUAUAAACCAGACAAAUGCAGGAGAAAAGAGAAAAUGUCUUCAACGUCAUUGGAGCCUUCGACGUUCCCCGAUAUAUUUAUAACGCAGAAAGGAAGAAGUUUCUACCUCUGUCAAUGACCAACCUCCCUGCACCUAAUUUAUUUGGAAGUGCCAGAGAUAAAGCGGAGCUGUUCCGGGAACGCUACUCCAUCCUACAGCAGAGGACUCACAGACACGAGCUGUUCACCCCCUCACCGAUUGUGGCUCACCCUGAUGACAGCAAGAGCAAAUUCCAGCUGAAGACAGUAGAAACUCUCCUGGGCAAUACAGCCAGAGUGGGAGAAGUGAUUGUGCUUGGGAUGAUCACUCAGCUUAAGGAGGGGAAAUAUUUCCUAGAAGACCCCACAGGAGUCGUCCAGCUGGACCUCAGUAAAGCACAGUUCCACAGUGGGUUAUACACCGAAUCCUGCUUUGUUCUGGCAGAAGGUUGGUACGAAGAUGGAGUUUUUCAUGUGAAUGCUUUUGGAUUUCCGCCCACUGAGCCUUCUGCUACCACGAGAGCCUUCUAUGGGAAUAUAAACUUCUUUGGAGGCCCUUCUUCAUCGUCAGUAAAGGCUUCUGCCAAGCUAAAGCAGCUGGAGGAAGAAAACGAAGAUGCCAUGUUUGUGUUUCUCUCUGAUGUGUGGCUGGACCAAGCAGAAGUGCUGGAAAAGCUUCACAUGAUGUUUUCAGGUUAUUCCUCGGCACCUCCCACCUGCUUUUUCUUCUGCGGAAAUUUUUCGUCGGCGCCGUACGGAAAAAAUCAAAUUCAGUCCCUGAAAGGCUCUUUGAAGGCUCUGGCAGAUAUCAUAUGUGAACACCCCAGCAUUCAUAACAGUAGUCGAUUUGUGUUUGUCCCUGGCCCUGAAGACCCUGGUCCUGGUCCUAUCUUACCAAGACCUCCCCUUGCUGAAAACAUUACUCAGGAGUUCAGACAGCUGGUGCCAUUUUCAGUUUUCACCACAAAUCCUUGCAGGAUUCAAUACUGCACCCAAGAAAUGAUUAUCUUUCGGGAAGAUUUGGUCAACAAAAUGUGCAGAAACUGUGUCAGAUUCCCCAACAGCAACAUGGACAUUCCCAACCACUUUGUCAGGAGCAUUUUGUCCCAGGCCCACCUGAGCCCGCUCCCUCUGUACGUCAGCCCCGUGUACUGGGCCUACGACUUCGCCCUCCGCGUUUACCCCGUGCCCGACGUGCUGGUGGUGGCCGAUAAAUACGACCCCUUCACCGUCACCAACACCGACUGCCUCUGCAUCAACCCUGGUUCGUUUCCAAGAAGCGGGUUUUCAUUCAAGGUGUUCUACCCCUCCAACAAGACAGUUGAAGACAGCAAGCUUCAGGGGUUCUGAAUUUCUGCAAGACAGCAAAAAGUGAGCCCAUGUGAAGCCAACUCCAGCUCUUGCUUUUUAGGUGUCUUGAUUUUAUGAUGUAUUAUGGACUUUUUAUAAUGUCAAAUUUUGUACACAAAUAAACUUUUACAGGAAAAGACACUGGUGUCAGUUUAAAGUGUAGAGUCAAGAGUUGAGAAUUGGCAAAGCAUAAAAGAAGGCAACUGUGUAUAAAAUAGGAAAGAUCUGUCUUUAAAAAAAGAAGUUAAGGACAGGGAGAACU